GAAACAGCGAGGAAUAUCGCAAUUUGUUGUAUUAACUAAUAUGCUAGACAGAACAGCUAACAUGAAGAUAUGUUUUGUGUACUUGUUGGAUCCUAACUCUCCUCAGAAGACCCGUUCAAGAGAACAUAGUAGCGUAUGCGAAUCAUGGACUCUCUCUAUCAAGCACAGACGUAAGGCGAAGCACAUCAAGUCGGAAAUCAGUAGCUGAUGUACGCAGGAAUAGUCCAGUUUUGCCAAGAUAACGAAUACAAACACUAGUAGAAAUGUGGUUCACCACGCUUGAAAGCAUCUUUCUUAAUCGACUUCUUCAAGGCUUUUGUCUUUGCGUUGCGUUUUGGUCCACAUAUGAACACACGCGUGAGCAUGUCUGACCUUAUGGCUUCUUCUACGUGGUAUCGAUACCAGCUUUAAAAGCACACAGAAUUCUGUAACAGACUUGCUCCUAGUUGUAUUAGUUUAAAAAGACCAUUAUGAAUCAUAGCGAACCACCGGUUUACAGAUAUUACUAAGUUACUUUUAUCAGAUAAACGAAAGUCGAAGAAAAGCAGCGAAGUCAGCUAUAAACAAUCAUGAAUAAGUCGAGUUCUACGUCAAUACCGUAUUACUUCAUGUUCCACUUUCGUUCUAAUCCAAGGAUGAGUACUUUUUCGGGCUACUUUAAAGAUGUUUUCUAGGUUAACUACUCCAUACUUAAUAAUUUGACCCAUAAUGCAAUAAUCAGAAGGGGCAAUGUAAUUAGUAAUGUGUUAUCGGAUAUUAUACAUACCAUAAGCAGAAAAGCGUAGAAGUCGUAAGACACCUAAAAAAGACGAUAGGCUAUGAAGUUAGUUAUAUAUGUUAAAAUAACUCCC